AUGGUAAGGAAAUUAGGUAUAACAUUAGGUAUAGGCGUUGAUAUUAUCAAAACAAAUAGGUUCAAAGAAUUGCUAUUAUCAAAGGGUAAACUCAAUUCACGAUUUACUAGUAGAAUAUCGUCAAGAAUAUUACAUCCAGAGUUCGAGUUACCGAAGUUCAAUGAAUUUAAGGAUAACAAUAAAUUGAACGAAUGUAUAUCUCUAAUAUCAGGUAGUUGGGCUUCAAAGGAAGCAGUUUAUAAAACCUUGGAUGAUGAGUAUCAAAGACAAUUUCAGUUUAAAAAUUGGUAUAGAUAUUAUAACGAGCAAGGGAAGCCUUUUAUACGAAGUGAUUUCUACAAGAAAGAAAACGAAGAAUUUCAAUUGAGUGUUUCUCACGACGAUGGGUUAUUAGUAGCAACUGUCUUGAGACAGGAAAUUUACGAAUUGACGAACGAGGAUUUAUAG